GAGGCGAGGAGAAGCAGGAGGAGGACGAGGCGGAGGACGACAGCGACGACCAGAAGGGGCCCGAGAGAGGGGGCGAGCGACCGAGCGCCGCGACGCGGGAGUGAGGUGCGUGCGGGCUGCAGCGCAGACCCCGGCCCGGCCCCGCCGAGAGCGUCCUGGGCGCGCCCUCCCGCCUUCCCUUCAAGCCUCCCUUUCUCUUCAUCCUCGUGAGCGAGGGACUGGGAGUGGCCAUUCGACGACAGGUUAGCGGGUUUGCCUCUCACGCCCCCAGCCUAGCGUCGCCGAGUUGUGCCGACAGCGGCCUCCUCUGGGGACCGUCCCCCUCCCGGUGCCGCCUCCGCCUUUCCUGUGCGCUCCUUUCCCUUCCUCUUCCCUAUUCAAUAUUAUUUGGGAAUUGUUUAAAUUUUUUUUUUAAGGAAGGUGGGGAGGAAUCGGAGUUGCGGAGAAGCAGAGGGACUCUGUGUGGUGUAAAGGAAUUCAUUAGCCAUGGAUGUAUUCAUGAAAGGACUUUCAAAGGCCAAGGAGGGAGUCGUGGCUGCUGCUGAGAAAACCAAACAGGGUGUGGCAGAAGCAGCAGGAAAGACAAAAGAGGGUGUUCUUUAUGUAGGCUCCAAAACCAAGGAGGGAGUGGUGCAUGGUGUGGCAACAGUGGCUGAGAAGACCAAAGAGCAAGUGACAAAUGUUGGAGGAGCGGUGGUGACGGGUGUGACAGCAGUAGCCCAGAAGACAGUGGAGGGAGCAGGGAACAUUGCAGCAGCCACUGGCUUUGUCAGAAAGGACCACUUGAGCAAGAGUGAAGAAGGAGCCCCACAGGAAGGAAUUCUGGAAGAUAUGCCUGUGGAUCCUGACAAUGAGGCUUAUGAAAUGCCUUCUGAGGAAGGGUAUCAAGACUAUGAACCCGAAGCCUAAGAAAUAUCUUUGCUCCCAGUGUCUUGAGAUCUGCUGACAGAUGUUCCAUCCUGUACAAGUGCUCAGUUCCAACGUGCCCAGUCAUGACAUUUCUCAAAGUUUUUACAGUGUAUUUUGAAGUCUUCCAUCAGCAGUGAUUGAAGUAUCUGUACCUGCCCGCACUCAGCAUUUCGGUGCUUCCCUCUCACUGAAGUGGAUACAUGGUAGCAGGGUCUUUGUGUGCUGUGGAUUUUGUGGCUUCAAUCUAUGAUGUUCAAACAAAUUAAAACACCUAAGUGACUACCACUUAUUCCUAAAUCCUAUUUUUUUGUUGCUGUUGUUCAGAAGUUGUUAGUGAUUUGCUGUCAUAUAUUAUAAGAUUUUUAGAUGUCUUUUAAUGAUUCUGUCUAAGAAUAAUGAUGUAGUGUGAAAUUUGUUAAUAUAUAUAAUACUUAAAAAUAUGUGAGCAUGAAACUAUGCACCUAUAAAUACUAUGAAAUUUUACCAUUUUGUGAUGUGUUUUAUUAACGUGUUUGUAUAUAAAUCAUGAGAAGUAGAAUGUUAUCGCAUUAUAAAAAUAUUUUAUUUUUAUCCAAUCUCACUUUAGUAAUAAAAAUCAUGCUUAUAAGCAACAUGAAUUGAGAACUGACACAAUGGACUUAAAUAUAAAGUUCUUAAUAGCCAUUUGAAGAAGGAGGAAUUUUAGAGGAGGUAGAGAAAAUGGAACAUUAACUCUUCACUGGGAAUUCCCUGAAGCAAAACUGCUGGAAGUGUUUUUUGGUGUGCACUGGUGUUUUAAGUGUGUGGGAUUAAAAAAAAAAAAAAAAAAAAGGCAGAUUUCAGGAAACUAAGCAGUGCAAAAGGUGAUUUUUGACUACAUCCUCCUGAAAGAUCCAUAAGACACAGUAGCACAUAUUAGUACAUUCAAGGCUCUGAGAGAAUGUAGUUAACUUUGUUUAACUCGGAAUUCCCCACUUUUUGUUUUUUUAAUCAUCAGAAAUUCUGUCUGUCUUUUUCUCUCUCUUUUUUUUACAGGAAAUGCCUUUAAACGUCUUUGGGAAUUACCAGAGUCACCUUAAAGAAGAUCAGCUCUCUAGAUUGAUAAAAAUCUCAUUGGCUCCUUUAAAUGUUGCCAAAUAUGUGAAUUCUAGGAUUUUUCCUUGGGAAAGGUUUUUUUCCCUUUCAGGGAGGAUCUAUUAACUCCCCAGGGGUGCUGAAAAUAAACUUGAUUGUAAAAAACUCUAUAUAAAUUAAUUUUAAAAUUAUUUAGUUUCUCUUUUUAAUUAUUCCAGAGACAACAGGCAUAGUCAUUUUAAAAAGUCACUAGUAGAAAGUAUAGUUUCAAGACAGAAUAUUCUAGACAUGCUAGCAAUUUAUAUGUAUUCAUGAGUAAUGUGAUAUAUAUUGGGCAUUGGCGAGAAAGGAAGAAGGAAUGAGUGACUAUAAGGAUGGUUACCAUAGAAACUUCCUUUUUUACCUAACUGAAAAGAGACUACUAUGGAGUGCUAAGCUGCAUGUGUCAUCUUACACUAGAGAGAAAUGGUAAGUUUCUUGUUUUAUUAAGUUAUAUUUAAGCAAAGAAAGGAUUUGUUAUUGAAUUGUAUAUUUCAGGAAGGCUAGAAAAAUGGUGGUUAGGAUAUAUUUUAAAUCUACCUAAAGCAGCAUAUUUAAAAAAAUAAAAAGUAUUGGAAUU